AGACAGACCGCGGGUGGAGGGCAGUGCUGAAAAGUCGUCACAUCAGGAAGAGAGGGCCUUUCCCCCUUCUCUGCCCCUCAUGCUAAGAGGAUACUAGUCACCACUGAUCAAAUCCGAAGGGGACGCUGGGCACCCUGGAUCACCAUGGGCAAUGAGAACAGCACCUCGGGCAACCAGCAGUGUAUGAGGGAUCCAGUUUCUCUGCAUACUGGCCAUCAUUUGCAAGAGGACUCCGGCUUGAAUAACAUCAUCCUUUGGCCUCCAAACCCUGAACCUCUACAGAGGACUUCUUUGGCUCGGAGUCCAGGAUCCGUGGAACGGCCUGGGAACAGUCAGAGUGCAGAAAGGAAGCCGGAGGAGAAGGCCAGAAGCAAUGACUGCAGAGAUCUGCCCAGCGUCGGGCACGGAGGUUCCUGCUCCACUUCUGAAGGUGCUGCCAGCCGGUAUCCCUGCAUCGUGUCCCCAGAGGUGACUGAGCCAAGGAAGCACCCACGGGAAGCCAGGGGCCAAGAAGAUCCUCCACUGCCCAGCCCACCGGAGCCCUGGGAGCAGGGGAGCCCCUUGGCCUCCGUGCCCUUUGCCGAGGGCGCCCCGAAAGGUUGCUUGGCAAGCCCAGCAGCGGAACCUGAAGAUUGUCCCCUGGCUCGACACCCCCAGAGGGAACCUUCCCCAAAUGCCCCAGGAUACGCCCCAGCAGCCUUUGUCCCUGGGAUGGACAGCUCUACUCAGCGUAGGGUGGUUGCAAUCGCCCCCAGCGCCGGAAGAGAGAGAGGACCGAAGCAAGAAGAGGGGCAGAAACUGUCUUCCUCCAGUUCCAUUGACCAGUUGCCGGGAAUUUCAGCAGCUUCUCCUCGAGAGCCGAUGAAGGUGCAGCUGUGUGGAGAGGAUGGCUGGCCUGGUGGUUUUGAGUCCCAAGGGAAAGAGGCUGCAGGUGGCUUUCCCCUGCCAGAGUCUGGGCGGGGAGCCCCCAUGGCCCCUGCUGCAGCCCAGCCAGGCCAAGAGAGCUCAGCCGGCCUGGAAGAGUCCCCCCCAAAACCCGAGAACCCUACCCCGCAAGCUCCAGCCCCUAAAUGCCAAGCGGAGGGGCCGCCUCAGGACUUCACCGAUGACUCGGGAGUCCUCAGGGCCUGCCCUCCCAGCGGGAGUGCUUCGGGGGCGACCCAAGGAGCCGAAGCGAAGGUCGCUGCCCGGGAAGGCUGCCCGCGGCAAGUGGGAGCGCAUCCGCCGCCCACAGAGCUGCCCUGGGAGUCACUGGGUCCUGCCCUGGCACCGGGGGCCAAGGGCUCUUGGGAGGAGACUCUGGACGCCCCUGAUGCUCGGGGUCACUCGCAGACAGGGAGGCAAGGAGCCGAGCCCCGUCAAGCUGUCUGUGUGACGGCAGGUGACCAGCCCGAGGGGGGCCUGCUUGUGAGCCCCGAGCCUGCCCCACACGCAGCGACUGAGGAAACGGAUCCAGCUUCAAGCCUCACUUCACAGCCAGCUGCUCGGGCCUCUGCUGCUGCAGAACAGCCCAGAGAGAUGAUUUCCGGUGCUGAGAGGCCUGUUCUUACAGAUCUGGCUAAACAGCAGGCAGAAGCAGGGCUGGCAGGACAGGAGAAGCACGCAUCAGACCUCGGAGGUGAGGGAGAGGGUCCAGAAGGGGGCCCCAGAGAGGUUCCUGCUCCUUCACCCCCGGAGGAGAGGGAAGAGCUCUGGAAUAGGGAGCACAGCCACGAGGUCCGACAAGGGGUCCUGCCUCUUCCCCCUCCUGGUGCAUCAGAUGAAAGUGCCAGAAGGUCACUGGGGCCAAAGGCUGAAGCCAAAGCCCCUGAAGGUCCAGCUGUGGCUAAGGAAAGCAGACUACCUGGGGCCGACCCUAGAGGACAGGAAGCAGCCCCAGAGCCACUUGAGGGUGCAGAUCCUGGGAACCUUCAGGGAGAGCAACCCGAAGCCUGUGGCUGCAAGAAGCCUGACCCAAAGGGGGAAAAGGAUGAGGUUUCACAGCUAACUGGCGAUGUGGGGAGCAACAGCCUUCCCAGCGUGGCCUCAGCACAGCCACUCAGAAAGGAGGCCCCCGGGCACGUGGACAGGCCCGGCUCUCCAUCAGAAGAUGCAGCUUGGAGCUCGGCGGCCUGGGGGAUGAUGGGAGAAGCCCAAGUGGUCCAUGCAUCUGCUUCAAUGCACCAGCUCUACGAGCAGGAUCCCAUCCCACCCUCUGGGCCGGAUGGAGCCGGUAAACACGUUUUUCCCCAGGGAGCUGUCUGGGAGGGGCCAGGACUGCAGACCAAGUAUCCUGACACCUUUCAGGAUGUGGGGGGAUUGGGAAGAAUGGACCUUCUUCCUGCUUUAGAAUCAGAGAAAUCGGAUUUCCUGUCGACUCCUGCUACAGAGGUCGUCCCCAAAGCCCAGGAGGCGGAGGGCAAAUCUGAAAUAAAGACGAGGAGCCACCCAUCCGCGCAGAGGCCCAGCAGCUGUGAGGGGGAGGGCUUGCGGACACCACCCCACGCCUAUGGGCUGGGGCGCGAUGCAGCUGGACAGGAGGUCCACACCGAUGGGCUCCCUCCCGCUGAGGAGGAGAACUUGGCAGCGGACAGUGGGCUCGCGACCCUCAGCCUGGAGCAAGAUCAGCAGGAAAAGCUGUCCUGCCCGGGGGACAGCGGGAUACGAGUAGCUGCAUCUGGGAGGCCCUCGUUGUAUUCUGAGAACCGUCUCCAGCAGCCCCAAACGGACCCAGAAGCAUCCAUCCCUGAAACGCUCAGGGAGAAGUCCCAACAGUGCGAAAGCGAGAAAGAGACUUACCCAGGUGAUGCAGAGUUUAAGAACCUGGGUGCAGAUUCUCCCCAGAUCCACAUACCUGUGGAACCUCGGGAAGAUGUGCGCUUGCCCGCUCAGGGAGCAAAGGAACAGGCUUCUGAAUCAGAACGUCAAAGUGAGCUCCCCAAGGGCAGUCUGUCUGAUGCUCCAAGUUCAGCUCCCGGGCACACAGUUCCGGAGCCAGCCCCAAAGAGACGGGAGUUGUCUACACUAGGGGGGAGUGGGCAAGAGGGAGAAUGCAGUGGCAGUCAGCUGUCCAGGGGCCCACCUCCAGCAGCAGACACCUCACAAGACUCUUCUCUUGCACACAGCUUGAGCAGAAAGGAAAGUUGCUGUGCUGGACAGGGGCCAAACAAGUCCCAGCAGGAGCUGGUUGAUGGGCGGAAAGCUGGCAGCCAGCAUGAAGAGGCAUGUCUUGGGGAUGCAGGCAUUUCGGAAGCAGCUGACGCUUGGCCCCCGCUCCAGGACUUGGGUAAGACGGAGAGGGCAAGUGGGAACACAGUGGGGGCCCCGCCUUGUCGGCCUGAUUCAGUAGCUCUCCUGAAGGCAGCUCGCUGCCCACCAGCUCCAGCACCUGCCGGCCCCAGAGUCACAGCCACCCAGGAGGCCCCAGAGAGAGAGGCCGGUGACGAAACCCAGGAGGGCAGGCGGCAAUCAGGGUUAGCCCCACAGAAGGAAAUGGAGCGUCCCACUGCCACGGAUGCAGAGGCCCAGAAGCUUCUUGAAAGUUUCCCAUCAGCCGAGGAUCAAGGUGCGGGUGGUGGAACUGCUGAGAUUGGUGGGAACGCUGACGGAGGAGACCUGGGGACACAACGGGCUCCGGGGGAGCCAGGAGAAGCUGCUCGGAGUGGUGGCUUCCUCCCAGCAGAGCAGUUUCCCUCCCCUGGGGAGGAAGCUUCUACCUGUGCCCUAGGUGAGCCCUGCCAAGCUGAGCAGCCCUUCGCCAGCUGCCAGGAUGCCUUGCUGCCAGCCAGAGAGCUGGGUGGGAUUCCCAGGAGCGAGGUGGAUAUUUCUGCAGCCCAGGCUGUCCCUGACCCAAAGAGGCUCCUGUCGUCCAGGCCACCAGAAGAGGCUGCCCCUGACACUCCUUACCUGCACGUGGAGGGCACUGCCAGGAAAGGGGCAGAAGACAGUGGCGUGAAAGCUGUUUCACCUCAAGGCCUCAGAGCUCCUGGUGAAAGCCCUUGUCCCACACGGGAGACCCUGCUUGUCUUGGAAAAUGCCUCCUCCACGAAGGUACCGUGUGGCUCCCCUGCCUUCCUCUGGCAACCAGGAGCUGCAGGUGAGGAAAUCUCUGCCGUGCCAGCCAGCAGCGGAAGCCCCCAAGCUGGGACCUCUGAGGGACCUGUGGACUCCGUGCCCUACCUGGACAGGGUGCCACUUCUGGCCAAGGGUAAGCAGGCCACAGAGGAGCAGAAAGGGUCAAGAGCUCCCGGGGCAAGUGCCAAGCCCAGUGACCUUUCAGCACACCUUGCCAGUGAGGAGAGCACGGCAGGUGAUGCAGCCAGGGAGAGAGAGCGCAGUGGGGAGAGGAUGGCAGACCCUUCCGAGGAUCCCAGGAAGGGAGCCUCAGCCGGUGUAGACGCAAGCUCCAGGCAGACCAGUAUGAUCGCUGGGCUCCCUGACUUCAGGGAACACAUCACCAAGAUCUUUGAGAAGUCUGUGCUUGGAGCCCUGACCGCCGAUCGGCCCCAGAGCACACUGGGAGAAAAGGCAGGAGCUGGGAAGAGUGUGAUGGCCAAGGACCUCGCCACGCCAAGCCCAGAGAAGCUUCCAGAUGGGACUCGAGGAGUGGCCAUCGCCCCUCUCCCCACCACUCCUGCCGGACUCUGGGUACAGUCAAAGGAGAAGCAAGAGCUGGCUGUAGAGGCUGAGAUUUCUCGUCUGGGUCCCCAGGAUCCAGCUCCAGAAAAGCUGCCGGGGCCGGCAUGGCCAGCUGCAGAGCAGAGCCUGCCAGGUGCCAGUGUGGGGAAGGAAAUGAGCGGGCCUCCACAGACGCUGACAGAAAGCAAGAAGCCAGAGGGGCCUGGGGAAGGCUGGCCGGGGCUUGGGAGCCAGGCCCCCUCACAGCAGGAAAGCGGCCGGCAGGAAUCAGCUUCGGGUGUGUCUUCACAGGUGACCUCUCCAGAGAUUCCCGAUGCUGGCUGGCAGGUGGCUCCCCAGAGCCGUGGAGAAGGGGACGCAGUUCAAGACGACAGAAUUCCUUCUGGAAAACAGCACCAGGAAACAUCUAGCCGAGACAGUCAACCCAGAGAAGAUGGUGCCCAGGGCUUUUCUCACCCAGGGGCUCUGGGUGACAUGUCAGUGUCCACCUCUGCCCAGGGAGCAUCUUCUCCCCAUGGGAAUGUUCCGACUGUGGCCGAGGCCAUCAGUGAGGCCUGUACCCCAGACACACUGAGGGGUGAGGGGAGGCAUGGAGGUGCUGCUGGGAUCUCGGAAACACAGGACGCCCUGGGCACCCAGAGCACCCUGGAGCCACCAGCUGGGGAAGUGCUGGAUACUUCCCUGGAGCCCGGCUUGGGAACAGAAGCUGCUAGGGAAGCAGAGGGUGACGUCACGUUGAGCACGGCUGAGACCGGGGCACGUGUGUCUGCCCACCUGCCUGAAGCAGGUACUACGAGAAUGUUCUCUGGUGCGGCUUGUGCCUCGGCUCUGCCGGGAAGCCGUGGGGACCCAGGCUGCUGUGAAGGGGCUCCGAGGAUGCAGGCCGCAGCCGCCCCGAGCGGGGACAGCCCGGCCGGGCACCCGCAGGCUGAGGAGCAACCCGGGCCUGAGCUCCCCGCUCCUGCUGGGGAUGGGAAGGUGCGUGUCUCCUCACCUGCAGAACCUGACGAAAUUCGAGACCUGGAGCUGCAAAGCCUGGAUCCAGAGGCGCUAGAUGCUGAGAGAAAGAGCUCUGGGCCCGGCCCAUCCACCUUACCUUUGGUUCCUGAGAAGGAUUUUCCAAAUGUCAUGGGCGAGGUCAUUUCAGACGAGACCAGAAGUGCGGCAGGAGCAGAAAGGUAAAGCAGUGCCUAAGAUAACUACGAGCUCCAUUGCUGUAAAAGGAAUUGAGUGAGUUGCUUUCAUGUCUGAGCUUAUCUUUGUUUUCCUUAACAGCUUUAUUGAGAUGUAAUUCACAAAGCAUAUAAUUUGCUCAUUUAAGGUGUACAAUUCAGUGGCUUUUAAUAUAUCCACAGAGUGGUGCAAUUAUCCCUACGGUCAAUUUUAGAACAUGGUUAUCCCCCCAACAAAGGAAGCCUGAGCCCCUUAGACAGCACACCUCAUGUUUCCCAACCCCCUGAGCCCGACACCUCCUAAUCUAGUUCAUUACCUUUUGAGGCAAAUGGGCUCAACUUUGCCCUAAUCUCAAGCAGGAAUGUCUAAUCACCAGCAGCAGUCACACCCCUCUCAAGAUUGGGGGGGGGACAAAUGAUAGAUGCAGCUGUGAAUCCCAGACCUUCACACUUUGCAGCGUACCUGCCUGUUCUUUCCUAAGUGAAAUGCCACCCUGUUGCACAGCAGCAGCUGCUGGGAAAUUUCAUCCUUUGCGGGAGAGGGAGAUACUGUGGCAAAGACACAUUCUGACCAAGCUGUGCAGCAUCCUUCGAUCUUUGGCUCUUCCAGAGCUCUCCACGGGUAUGUGUGUGUGUAUGUGUAUGUGUGUGCAGGCACACGCGUGUGUGAGCGGGGCGGGGUUGGACUUUAAAUUAGUACCUGUGGCUGACCAGUGUAGCCUACCAAACAGCUGCAGGCAUUUUGUAAAUGAUUUGUUGCAUAUUCUGCACAUGCUGAAAGAAUUCACGAUCACCUGUUUUUCGAGUCUGAGCACUUCCGCCCACACCCAGCUGCCUUUCCUGCCCGUCGAGGGCGACUCUCAUAACCCUGGGCCAAUGAGAUACGGACGUUGCUGCCGAGACAGAUGCAGUUUUAAUCUGCAUUGGACACUUGUCUCCACUGCUGACUUAGCACAAAAUUCCCUGCAGCCCCUGCUCGUAUGUAUUUUUGACAUCUCCAGUUAAAGUGUAGGAAAAAAUGUCUAACUGGAAAAUCCUCCCCUCCCCUCCCCUCCCCUCCCCUCCCCAUAACUGUCAUAUUAGCUCCUUCUUCAGUCCCUGGAUGUUUUAUCCCCUUCUUGGAGAACAAGAAGAUCUCAGGACCAGGCAUAUAGUAGUAGUUCAAUAAGUAUUUCAUGGCUCUUUGUUUUAAUCACUUUAAAUUUUAAAAUUAUAAUUUCUAAAUUAAUAUUAGAAAAUUCGUAAGGUAUAGAAGAGUAUAAAGAAAAAGAGAAGAAUCCACAACCACACCAACUAACGAUGACUGGUGUUUAUUAUGUUAGUGUCGCCUCAUCCACUGUUUUCUCCUGUUUAAAUUCUGAGUCCUUUUUUUCUGCUGCCAUCAGAACUCUUUGCAAACAUAAAUCUUAGUGGCUGAAGUAGUGUGACUUAUCACAGUUUACAGAGCAGUAGACAUUUACAUUAUAAUGGGUGUUCUGUGCACUUUGUGUAGCUGGUAGACUUUUAGAUUCUUGAGUUGUGCUGUCCAAUUUGGCAGCCACUGGUCACAUGUGAAUGGACGUGUGCUGUAAGGGUAAAACACACCCCGGAGGUUGAAGAUUUAGUGUGAAGAAAAGAAUACAGGGAAUUCCCUGGCGGUCCAGCGGUUAGGGCUCUGCGCUUUGAACUCGGAUCCCACAAGCCGUGCAGUGCGGCCAAAAAAUAAAGAAUACAAAAUACAUCGUUAAUAAUUUUUAUACUGUUAUACGUUAAAAUGAUAAUAUUUAGGAUGUACUUGGUUAGAAUAUGUUACUGAAAUUAAUUUCACAUUUUUUUCUUGUUUUUAAUGCGGCUAUCGACCUUUUAAAAUUACCUAUGUAGCUUUUGCAUUCCGGGCUUGCAUUUGUGGCCCCUGGUCUACUUCUAUUUAGAUCACUGGGCUCCAGAACCUGCUUUGCCCUGGUCCUUGAAGGAAAUGAGGAUGGAAAAGGGCUGACCUUUCCUGUGCUUUGGGUUCUUAGGAAAAAGGCCUGCCACUCUCCUAUUGGCUGAGGAUUUCCAGAAAGAAUUCUGAAUGGCCCCUCCCCUCCAGCUUGCCAGGUGGGGCGACCUCUGUCUCCCCUCCCUCGAGGGGAAUUACAGGGGCAGCAGCACCUGACUAAAUGGACCCCAACAGAUUCCACUUUAUACUUAGUAGACAGUCCAAGGUCUCUGGAAGGUAUAGACCAGCUCUGUCCAAUAGAAAUAGAACAUAACAUAGCACAGGGAGAUCAGCUCGGUGCUCUGUGACCACCUAGAGGGGUGGGAUAGGGAGGGUGGGAGGGAGACGCAAGAGGGAAGAGAUAUGGGAGCAUAUGUAUAUGUAUAACUGAUUCACUUUGUUAUACAGCAGAAACUAACACACCAUUGUAAAGCAAUUAUACUCCAAUAACGACGUUAAAAAAAAAAAGAAAUAGAACGUAAGCCAUAAAUGUAAUCCUAAAUUUUCUAGUAGCCAUAUUCAAAACUAAAUAGAAACAGGUAAAAUUAAUUUCAAUAAUACAUUUUAUGUAACCCAAUAUAACACAAAUAUUAUCAUUUCAACAUGCAAUCAAUAUAUAAAUUAUUAAUUUGAUAUCCUACAUUCUUGCUUUCAUAUGAAGUCUUUGCAAGCUGGGCUGUAUUUUGUACCCACAGUGCGUCUCAGUUUGGACCGGCCACACUCCAAGCCCUCAACGGUUCCACAUGGUGAGUAGCUGCCCUCUGGAACACCCCAGUUCCUCACAGAGCUCUCACAGCUAUCGAAUGAUCCAGAAGGCCAAGCCUUCCCAUGGUGACCCUCAUCUCUCAGCCCAGCAACUUCAUUCCUACUUUAACACAACGUAGGGAAUGCUUCUUUGCCUUGGGGGUAGGCUCAGUAGCUCCGGUGGACCUUUCACCAGGAGGGAGCUGUGCCGUGGACCUGGGCAGGCCUCAGAGAAAGUGUGGCCAAGGUCAGAGGAGCGCAUCCUGGGAACAGGAGCUGUUGCACGUGAAGGUGAAUUUUGGCAGCGGUCUGGGGGAGGUUGGGUGGCCACACUGAGGCAGACACUGCCAGGAGCUAGGGUGUUGGUGAAGUUUGGGUUCACACCCAGCUGUGCACCUUCCAGGUUACAUACCUAACCUCGGUUUGCCAAUCUGUAGAAUGGGGAGGUCACAACUCUAUUUGCCUCGCUGAGUUGCAGUGAGGGCUGAGAUAACUGAUCAAACGCAAUUCCAGUGCAUUCCAGCCCCUGGCAGGGGUUAGGUUUCCUAUUACAGUUCUGUGGGAUGGGCUUUUCUCCUGCAGUGGACUGAGUGGUAACUGUUCGUCUUCUUGAGGUUGAGGUUCCAGCCCGGCCAUCUUUCUUUUCCAGGGCUGACUUCCUUGUCUGUUAAAAUGUCUUCAUGGCUGAGAGAGCGAAUUCUUUCUUAGCCCCUACUGUGUAGCCCACAGCGAUCUGCUUCAAGUUAAAAAAUUUUGAGAUCUUGUUUUAUUGUAAAACUUUAUGUGUAUCUUUUAUUGUGUACCAUAUCAUAUUGUAUUUCAACAUAAAAAUAAUGCUUUGAGUUGCCACGAGAAGAGCAAAGCAAGUCAAAACCAUAUUUUCUACUCUCUUGGUUAUCAGGUGACGUGCUUCUGUUGAAUCUAUUGAAUUUUGAGAUUCUGCUAACUUGAGUGGAGCUGAUACCACAGAUCAGAUUCAAUAUCUAAGAAAUGUCUCUUUUCUGUCUUGGUGACAGGAUAGUUUAGUGACCCAAUCUCAUAUCCAGGUAGAUGCAGGGAGCACAAAUAUUUUGCUGCUUAAUUUCCCAUCUUUUGAUGUCAGAUUGGCCCUGCUGGUGGAUGUGCUGUGGGUAUCUUGUGGCUUUGCUCACCUCCACCCAAGGGGUACAUGUACACCCAACUCCAAGAAAUAGGAGUCUGUGGACAGAUGGCUUGGCUGUGGAUUUCUAUAUACAACGACUGUCUUCAGUGGAUGGAAAGUCUAGAAUUUGGCAUUUUGCUUUCACACCACUGAUGGUCAGAUGUGUAGUUCUGAAUCCAUCGUGGACAUCACCAAGCUUGUUUCUGCUGAAUAUUUAUUUAAAGGGGUCUCUUUUUUUUCCAUUUGGGGAAAUGGUUGGAAAGGUAUCAUUUUCAAUUACUAGUGCAUUUGAGAGAAUUAAACUAUUCCCAGGUGCUUUGGGUCUUGGCGUACACCUAGGCUAAACCACGAAGGGCAGCUGGGCUGAGGCGUUGACGAGUAGAAGGAGGAAGCAGCAGGGGGCAGCCGGCAUCUUGUCCAGGAAGCCCCGGCUGUGCUCAAAGGCAGGGCUGGAGCGACUUCCUGCCCUUCCCCCCACUGGGUCUGUUUCUUCCUUCUCUCUCCUCCUCCUUCUAAAAUUACCAGCUGUGACACCAUGUUUUUGAGUUUCAGAAUAAGGUUUUGAGGAGGGCUACAGCUGUAUACAUUAAGGAAAAGAAAAGAAGCUACCAAGCCUAGGUCUCUUAGCAGAUAAAGCCAGGAUGACAGGUCCUGGUCCCCACCCCCACCCUUCUGGGUUUGAUUUUACAUUACAUUGCUUGGAUUACUUUAAACUUCCUUUUGAGAAGUAUUGGGCUAUUACAGGGCUAUUACAGAGCUACAGUGCUGACACUUCUUUCCCUCGGAGCAAUUUUCUUCCCCAAAGGGAGACAUGGAGUAAGAUGGAGGGUUUAUAUCCCAGAGACCUCUUACUGGCUGUGUGAUGCCUUUUGGAGAAGCUGCUUAACUUUUCAAUCCUGUUUCCAUAUCUAUAAAAUGGGAAAAAUAAUACUUCCUUGUUAGGGUUGGAAUUAAGAUUAAAAUGGAAUGUUUCCAAAGCCACCUAGUAUAAUGCCUGAUAUAUGGUGAGUCUAAAAUACAAAUGGUAACCACUAUUAUCACUUUAAAUGUCUUUAUUCAAAAACAUCCUGGGGCUUCCCUGGUGGCGCAGUGGUUGAGAAUCCGCCUGCCGACGCAGGGGACGCGGGUUCGUGCCCCGGUCCGGGAAGAUCCCACGUGCCGCGGAGCGGCUGGGCCCGUGAGCCAUGGCCGGUGAGCCUGCGCGUCCGGAGCCUGUGCUCCGCAACGGGAGAGGCCACGGUAGUGAGAGGCCCGUGUACCACAAAAAAAAAAAAAAAAAAAACAACAACAUCCUGGGAAUUAAGCAAACAAAGAAAAUACCCAAGGUCUCCCAAUGAUAUAGUAACAGACCCCACAGGAAUGGGGAGACAUGAGGCUGGCUGAGUCUUUUUCCAGCCGGUUGACCUCUCUAUGCCUCUGCUUCUGUCAUAUGCGAGCCCUACUAACCCUGCUCGGCUCACAGGAGCUUGUUACAUGGUUCAAAAGUACCUCAGAACUAACGACUCUACAGAUAACGUGGAUUUACAUCACGAUCCACAGCCUCAAUCAUUGUGAACCAUCGUACUGUAAAAGUCAAGGGACCUUUAAAAAUGUAGGCUUUAUGUUCUGAAGCUUUUGUGUUCCGUAAUUAAAACAAAUUUUUUUAGAGGUGAAUCUGUCCUUGGGAAUAAUGCCAAGUCACUUUGGAAAGCUGGAUUAUGAGGCACCCACACCAAAGGUGGCAGCCGCCCUGAAGGCAAGGGGCUGGUUCCCUCCCUCCAGGUGCCUGUGACGGGAACGCCACUACUUUGGUCUAGCCCUUCUGGGUUUCUGAGCCCCUCAGCCCUGAGGCCUCUGCUAUGCCACAUCUGGAUCUGAUGCAGGAAGAGCCACUUAAGAAUCCCAGGCCUGGGCUUCCCUGGUGGCGCAGUGGUUGAGACUCCGCCUGCCGAUGCAGGGGACGCGGGUUCGUGCCCCGGUCCGGGAAGAUCCCACAUGCCGUGAGCCAUGGCCGCUGAGCCUGCGCGUCCGGAGCCUGUGCUCCGCAACGGGAGAGGCCACAACAGUGAGAGGCCCGCGUACCGCAAAAAAAAAAAAAAAAAAAAAAAAAAAAAAAGACUGAAAAAAGAAUCCCAGGCCAGUUUCAGGGCAAGGUGGUGAUUUUCCAAAUGAACGUGUCCGAACUCAUCCGCUUCUCUUCCUGGAACCUCUCGUUACCUCCACUGUUUUAGACCAGGAUGCAGGUUUGUUUCAGUAGGUGUGACUGAGAAAUGGGUAUUUUAGACUCUAGCUGGAUAUCCGGAAGGAAACUUGGGCGCAUUCUUGUCGAGACUCGGAAUAGGGGUGGGGCGAGGGAGAGCUACCUGACGGCAGAACUAGAAUCAGAUUCUGGCCCGUGACGACAUGCUUCCCCUUGAUGCCUGAGCUGAACCGAGGACCUGCCCCAGGGCAUGGGGCCAUUCUUCCCAGCAACGCGGCCCCAAACCUGCUUCUAGGCUUUAGAGAGAAGACUGUAGAAUUGAGUUCUGUUGUGUGAGACCAGCAUAGGCCUGGAGGUCUACAGAUAAGUUCCAGGCCGAGUUCUAGUUCUGUGACCUUGGGGGCAUCACCUUUGAUGAAACUGUUUACCCACCUGUAAAGUGGGGGUAUAUAAUACCUAGGAUUAAACGAGCCACUUUAUUUAGAGGGCCCAACACAAAAUAAGUAUCCAGUGUAAGUUCCCUUUCACUUAUUCCUCCUUCUGGGCCAAAGUACUUCCACGUCUAGCAUCUUAUUUCCGCCUCACCUCAACCCUUAGUAGGUACCACUUGUGUGCCCCUUGUGCAAAGGAGGAAGAGGAGGCCGGGACAGGUGACAUGGCUUGCUCAAGGCCAGUGGCUUAAUGAGAGUUAGGGCUGGGGCUGGAACCUCUCUUCUGGAGAGUUCUUCAGACAUCUAAUCCAUGUUUGGAUCCCUGAUCAGUAACUUAUUAGCCAGGGGGAAUCUUGGGGAGGUUAUUCUCUAAGACAUUCUGUCCACUGGAGCUUUCUACGAUGAUGGAAAUGUUCUGUAUCUCCGCCAUCCAGUAUGGCAGCCACUAGCCACGGGUGGCUGCUACACACCUGAAAUGAGGCCACUCGAAAAUCUGGGGCUGGUUUCAGGGUUAGGGAGGAACUGAAUUGUGAAUUUUAUUUAACUUUGAUUAAUUAAAACUGCAAUUGAAAUAGCCACGUGGAGUAGUGGGCUCUGCAUGGGACAGCCCGACCUGAAGACGUCGUUCCUUCAUGUGUACAUAAGAGAUGAAGCGUCCCCGUCGGCAGCUUGGAUUCCGAGAGGUUCUGUGUGAAGCCCUUGCAGAGCUCAGAUGCCCAGUGGUACUCAGUGAGCCCUGGGUUCCUCCUUGCCACCCCUUGGCUCUGCCAGUGGGAAAGUCAGGCAGCUGUGCCUCCAGAGUGGAGACUGGGGUGUAUUCAUGGCACAAGUGCCUGGCAACACGGACCAGCAGGAGGCGUCUCUCUGGCCCCUGAACCAAGGAUGCUCAUUGUCGGGCCGGCCGGAGGCCUUGUCUCAGCCGGUGCAACCUCACACCCAGGCCUGGUAAGGAGGCCCGGGUAACCCAGUCAACUGGCUCCAAACACUUGAUCUAGAACUCUCUGUGCCUACCCAUCCCCACUGGCCACAUCUGCAAGGGUGCCCAUCCGGGCUGGGAGGGAGCUGACAUGCCGUCUCUGUACCGAUCUUGUCCCAAGAAGCGGGCAGGGUGGGAAAGAAGCUUACCGUGGUGGGGUGUGCAAGGUCAGAGGCCCCAGCUAACUGCACCUCGGCCUCCCCUUUCUUCUCAAGCAUGUUAAGUCGUCAGGUGUUAAAUAUUUUAGCAGCCUGCUGAUUCAGAGGUAGACCGAGCAAGUGUUUCUCUGUUUCCAGGGAAGGCACUGUAACGGGUCUGAUUACUGAGACUUUUGAUGCCUUUUCCUUUGGUAGGGUGGUCAGAGGGUGUCCGGGAAGAAAAACCUCAGGGGAGGGGUACACCUGUGCCCUGGGAGUGGGCGGGGUGCGCAGAGAGAGGACCGCAGUGUGCAGUGGAUGCGGUCAGCGCUGAGUCCUCAGGCCGGGAGCAGCCGUAGGUGGAGGGAAGCAG